CUCUUCUAAGGAAGUCAACUCUCUCUCUCUCUCUCUCUCUCUCUCUCUCUCACAUGUAAACCAUUUUUCCCCGUCGGUAAAUUCGCACUCUCCAUGUGAUUAUUGGUGGGCCCCACCCCCACUCCCACACAGUAAUUACACACACUACCGUCGGCACUUGUGUUAUUCAUCACUCUUCUGUGUAGUCGAUAAACGAGAAAACAGCAGAGAGGCGCAUUUCCCAUUUUAUAUUUACCGUUGCAGUUUAUUGAUUUGCAGCGAAUUAACGAGGAAUAGAACAAAAAAGGAGUUAUUUUUGAGUUGGAUUUUGUUGUUCCGGCGAUGGCGGCGGCGGCGGCGGUUGUGGUGAGCCCGGCUCCUGUUGCUACUUUUGAUCACAAGAGGGAUGCUUAUGGCUUUUCGGUGAGACCUCAACACUUGCAAAGAUACCGGGAAUAUGCUAGCAUAUACAAGGAAGAAGAGGAGGAGAGGUCAGAUAGAUGGAAGGAUUUUCUUGAAAGGCGAUCGAAACCCGAUGGUAUACUCGAAACCAGUAGCACCAAUAUUACAGCUGGCGAUAGUUCCAAAAAUGUUGAUGAAAAUGACGAAGAAAAUAAAGAGGGGCCCGGUAAAAAACUUCAUCGAGUACUAACGUGGACAGAGAUCAGGCCAUCUCUUGGUGCCAUUGAAGAUAUGAUGAGCUCUCGUGUGAAAGAAAAGAAGGCCAAUUUGGUUAAAAGUGAGACGCAGCUUCCUUCUAUAGAAGCUUCCGAAGAGGAAUCCGAUGAGGAGUUUUACGAUUUAGAAAGAUCUGAAUCGGACCCCGUUCAAGACGUAAUUUCGAGAGCGAAUAUUCCCGUUAUGAAUUCGGAAUCUCCACCUCAUUGGAAAGAGGAGCUUGAGUGUCUUGUUCAAGGAGGAGUGCCGAUGGCACUAAGGGGAGAAAUGUGGCAAGCCUUCGUUGGUGUUGGAGCACGUCGAGUGGAGAAUUACUAUCAGAAUUUGCUAUCUCCAGAUACCGAUGUAGAAGCUACGAACCAAGUGGAGUGUGUCGGUGUGCCGGAAAAAUGGAAAGGGCAGAUCGAGAAGGAUUUACCGAGAACUUUUCCUGGUCACCCUGCUUUAGACGAGGAUGGUAGAAAUGCUUUAAGGCGGUUACUUACUGCAUACGCCCGUCAUAAUCCCUCUGUUGGAUACUGCCAGGCCAUGAAUUUCUUUGCAGGUUUGUUAUUGCUUUUGAUGCCAGAGGAAAAUGCAUUUUGGGCCUUACUGGGUAUUCUAGAUGACUAUUUUGAUGGAUAUUAUUCAGAAGAAAUGAUCGAAUGUCAGGUUGAUCAGCUUGUUCUUGAAGAGUUGGUGCGCGAAAAAUUUCCCAAAAUGGUAAACCAUCUGGAUUACUUGGGAGUACAGGUGGCAUGGGUGACUGGACCGUGGUUCCUCACAAUAUUUAUGAAUAUGCUUCCAUGGGAAAGCGUUCUUAGAGUCUGGGAUGUGCUCCUCUUUGAAGGAAAUCGCGUAAUGCUAUUCCGUACAGCACUCGCUUUGAUGGAGCUAUAUGGACCUGCAUUGGUUACAACAAAAGAUGCUGGAGAUGCGGUCACGCUGCUUCAGUCACUAGCGGGGUCAACCUUCGACAGCAGUCAACUUGUACUGACAGCUUGCAUGGGCUUCCAAAACGUGCAAGAGAAAAGAUUGCAAGAAUUACGGAAUAAACACCGACCGACGGUCAAAGCUGCAGUCGAAGAAAGAUCGAAAGGAAUGAGAGUUUGGAGGGAUUUAUAUAGUUUCAAACAGGAUCCGAGUUCGAUACUUGUAGGAAAUGAUAAAUCGGGAAAAAAAACGGAUAGUGAGAUGAAUAGUAAUGUGUCGAAUGUGGAUGAGAUAUAUAUGGGCUUGAAUGGUGACGUGGAGGUGGACCCCACUAAAGAUCUUCAAGAACAGGUGGUAUGGCUUAAGGUUGAGCUAUCGAAGCUGCUCGAGGAAAAACAAUCUGCUGAGCUCAGAGCAGAAGAGCUUGAAACAGCAUUAAUGGAGAUGGUUAAGCACGACAAUCGGCGACAACUAAGUGCAAGGGUUCAGCAAUUAGAAAAAGAGGUCUCUAAACUUCGGGUAGCACUUGUUGAUAAGCACGAACAAGAGAACGCCAUGCUUCAGAUAUUAAUGAGGGUAGAACAAGCACAGAGGGUGACGGAGGAUGCUCGUAUAUUUGCCGAGCAAGAUGCUGCUGCUCAGAAAUAUGCAGCUCAAGUUCUUCAGGAUAAAUAUAAAGAAACAACUGCCGCCCUGGCGGAGAUGGAAAAGAGGGCGGUUAUGGCAGAGUCUAUGCUCGAAGCUACCUUGCAGUACCAGUCGGGCCAAACCAAAGCACAGUCUUCUCCUCGAUCGGUUCAGCAAAGUGAUCAAGAUCAUUCGCAAGAAAUGCCAACGAGAAAGAUUAGUUUGCUUUCUCGAUGGAGAGACAAGAAUAAGGAGAAGUCGAGUGGUGUUGAAGAGCAAAACGAAGGGAAAUCUUCGAAUGAGGAUAAUCGGAGUUUAAGCCUCGAAAAUGAGGAGACGAACGGACAUAAGGUGGACGAGAAGGUAUAAAUGGAGUUUAUAAAGAGUGAUUUUGUUCGGUACUUUCGAUUUAUUAUCAAGAGUAAGAGGACUGAUAAAACAUUUAAUUUUUUUGUUUGUUUAUUUCAUUGGCAAUAGUCUCUCUUGUAAGGAAAUAAGUGUAAGAAGGAAACACAUAUUUAAGUUUUUUUUAGCAUCAUUGACCAUUGUACAUAAUAACUAUCUUUUUUUUAAAAUAUUUUUGGUUCAUAUUA